CAAUCGAAUUUUGAAACGCGCCAAGUCGAGUUCGUGUUGAAAAAAAUGCCGCUACGGAAGAAAGAGGAAUAUAUACCCAUUAAGUGUGAAGGCUGGAAUGGGAAAUUCGUGUAUCCCGAUGGAGCUGUGAAUAAUGUGUCCAAGAUACGUCGCCAGAAUCAGAACGUGACAAACACAAACAAUUUCUAUGGCUAUAAUACGGAACCGAUUGUCCUGCCGACGGCUUGGGAUGGCACCUUUGUGAAGAGCGGCGAGACACGCAUUAAGCCGGAGCGGAAUCGUUCCGAUGAUCAGGACUAUUUCGAAUAUAAUACCGAUCCGACCAUAUUGCCAACGACUUGGAGUGGUGAAUUCGUCAACGAUCCGAACGAUGUGCGCAUCAAGCCGGAACGAAACUUCUCCGAUCCGAGGGAUUAUGCCGAGGCCAAUCGCUUCAAGUUGGUGCAGUGAGAGGGGCAGGUGGCAAUGGAAAUAUUGAAAGUGAAUUGUGAAUGUUUUGUAUUGUACU